AGAAAUGGCUGCAGAGACAGGGGAAGAGUCUAUCAUUAUGAUGGCGAACAGCAGCACGGGCACAACAUCGUGUCUUGCUUCAAAUAAUGCCAAAUGUUUCAUUGAGCAACAUACUGACAUCCAAAAUCAGUUCCUGUCUUACUGUCUCAGUGGUUUUCCAAGUGCAGUUGGUGGAGAAAUGAGAACCCCAAAGCCAGCUAAGAGGAAACAAAAGAAUGUUCCAAAGGGUAUAAAGACUCCGAAACAGGCUAAACAUAGUGAUAUAUCUUCUCUAUCUGCAAAUAAUUCAGACAGUACAAUAUCAGAGUCUGUUCAAGGAGGAAGUGAAGAAACUGGAUCAGCCAUGCCUGCUGAUAACGUGCCUGAGGGAGGUCCAUCUCAGCAGCCAUCACUGAUUCUCGGAGUUUAUCCAGACAAUAUAGAAGAUGAAAACUUGAACAAAUCUGAAAUGAAUUCUAGUGUGAACAGUGAACUUAAUGAGCCAGUAACAAAUGUGAAAGAAGAACCUUUGUCUGAUACGGGUAUGAUAAACAACUUAACAAAUACCUGUAUCAAAACUGAACCUCUGUUACACACAGAUACUUUUCCACAGGGGUCACAAUCUCAAGGAAGUGAAUUUUCAGAAACAGUUAUGUUAUUGUAGAUUAGGAAAUUGUUGAAUUUGGUUUUACUUGCGAAGAAUUACUUUACGGUCCAAAAAUGCUUGCAAUAUUUAUAACUAAGAACUGAUAACUCCAGUCAUUAAAAUACUAGAGACAGUGCUGUUCAAUGCAGUCAAACCUGUGUUAAAGACCACCUCUGAACAGAGACCACCUGGCUCUAAAGACCACAGUCAUGUUUUGUUUCCCAUUUUAACAUUAACAGUGCAUUUUAACCUGUGAAUAAAGAAUAAAGACCACAUUUUGGCUCUCCCAAGGGUGGUCUUUACAGACGGGUUUGACUAUACUUAUCCCCGGAUUAAACCCAGGGGGUAUACUGGAGUCACCUAGUUGAUGGAUUUUUUUGUCUGUGCUCUUAUGUUAACUCAUGAAAGGAUGGAAGGAUUGAUUUCAUUUUGGUAAACAGGUGCAUGAUCUUACCUGAAAGGAGGAUUUUGGUUACUUUUUACUUACCAUUGCCAGAUUUAAGCCCCUUUUUGACAAACUUGGCAAAAUGUUGAUGUCUGUUCAAUAACACGUGAAAUGAUGAAUGGUCCUAUAAUUCAAUUCAUUUUUGGUAGGCAGGUACUUGAUUAAAAAUACAAGCCAAGUUUGAUUUUUGUCACAAUCCACCAAACAUUGGUCCCUUUUCGACCCUUUGGUUUGUCUGUUCAAAAACUUAAACAGACAAAAAGACAAACUUCAUUUUACCAUUAUAAACAUUUUACCCAUGGCAAAGCCAAGAUAAAUGGGCACUUUCAUAUUCCCCUGUGUUAUAUGUUGAUUUCUGACAAUAUUUAAGGAAUACAAUAUCAUCUUAUUCUUUUUUAAAAAGACAUUUAUAAGGGCUUUCUGGUGAUGUAUGGUUUAUCA